GGCUGAGGGAAGGGAAGGUCAGCACCUCCAUCCUGGUCCUCGGCAGCUCCUGUAGGUAUUUACCAGCCAGCAGCACACAAGGAGCCAAGGAAAUCCAGGAUUUCCAUCUGCCGUGGGUUUGGUGAUGGUUUCGCUACUCCAGGACCAGUCCAAUAUUAAAUUUUCUGCUUCGGACACUCUGGAAAGGGACCAGCAGGACCUGAUGAAGGCACAGGGGGAUUCAAUAUCCCCAGUUCAGCAGAGUGAUAACCCCAGCUACAGCUGCCAGCCCUAUGAGCCGGACACCAGGACAGAAAGGACGAGCUCGGAAUCCUCUCCCAGCCCCAGCCCUGCCUCCCCAUGCCAGGACCCCAUCCAGGGGGGCUUCCCUGCCAGCCAAGGAAUCCCCUGUGGCAAGAACAAAUUCAGAGCAUCCUUCAGCACCGAGAGAUUCCGGCGCUGCAGCUACGAGGAGAACGCUGCCGGCAGCUACGAGCGCUUCCUCAAGAGCAGCAGGAACCCCUUCCACCCUUACAAGAGGCAGAUCAGCGAGGAUGUUUUCCAGGAAGCUCACCAGGCCCUGCCACCACCAGAAACUUCUCCCUUCAAAAGUCACAGGGGCAUCGAUGGCUUCGAGGGUCUGCCGGGAUCUGCUGAGGAGCCGGAGGCGUUUCCCACCCACAUCCCAAAUAUCUCCGCGGAGCAGCCGUGGUGUAACAGCCUCCAGUACAGCACCACGGGGCAGGAGCACGGCUCCCAGGUCAUGGGGGAUUCAGACCUGAAGCUCAGGACAUCCCCCCUGGAAGGGCAGCCUGGCUUGUAUUGCUACCAGCCCCAGGUGCAGCAGAUGUAUUGCUCCUCACACCCUUUCCACCAGUACCCCUCAGGAGGCAGCUACCCCGUGACUUACAUCGCUUCCUCGCACUACCCCUACCAAAGGAUUGCUCCUCAAAGCAGCCAAGAAUCUCAGCAGCCUCUGUUCCCCAAACCCAUCUACUCCUACAGCAUCCUGAUCUUCAUGGCUCUCAAAAACAGCAAGACAGGGAGUUUGCCAGUCAGUGAGAUUUACAAUUUCAUGACAGAACACUUCCCUUACUUUAAGACAGCUCCAGAUGGUUGGAAGAAUUCCGUGCGCCACAACUUAUCUUUGAACAAGUGCUUUGAGAAAGUUGAGAACAAGUCAGGGAAUUCUUCUAGAAAGGGCUGUUUGUGGGCUCUGAAUCCAGCCAAGAUUGACAAGAUGCAGGAGGAGCUUCAGAAAUGGAAGAGGAAAGACCCAGUUGCUGUGAGGAAGAGUAUGGCAAAGCCAGAAGAGCUUGACACCCUGAUAGGCGACAAGAGCGAGAAGCUGCGCUCGUCCCUGGUGUCGUGCAGCCCGCCGGGCGCUGCAGGUGCCUCCCUCUCCAGGCAGAUGGCAGCGCAAUCCCAUCCCUUGUGCGAGCCCUCGCUCUCCUCGGGCAUCCCGCAGGGCUUCCACGGCAUCCCCGCCUCGGCAGCGCUGCACGCCAAGAGCCCCCUGCCCGCCCUGCUGGGGGGGCAGCAGCCCGGCUGCUUCGCAUCCCCCCAGGGCUUCCCCCAGAUGCCCACGGCGCUGCUGCAGCACACGCCCGAGCCUCCGAGCCUGUUCCCUGCUGGGGAGGCUCAAAGCCAGCUCCGGACUCAGCCCAGCAUCCCUCAGGAUUCCCCAGUGCCGGCUCAGAGCCCCCCGAGCUGUGGGAUGAAGAUGCUACCCGAGCAUUCUCCGGCCAGGACGGUGCAGGACACGCUGCUGCAGGAGGGAGACCUCAGCAAUGACAUCGAUGCUCUCAAUCCAUCCCUCACUGAUUUUGAUCUCCAAGGGAAUCUUUGGGAGGAGCUGAAGGACGACAGCCUGGCCGUGGAUCCCCUUGUCCUCAUUUCAUCAUCCCCGCAGUGUUUUCCCUCGCACUGCCAGCUGGAGAGCGGCGGCCCCAGCGCGCACGGGGGCGCGCACGGGAGCGCGCACGGGAGCGCGCCCGAGCUGCAGCUCACCACGCUCUACUCCGCAUUCAUGGAGCUGGACACGGUGUCCCCUUCCUACCUGAGCAACACCCCCGGCUCCAAACCCAUCGCGCUGAUGUGAACCACAGCCCUGACACCGCCCUGACCCAGCGCAGGCAGCGCCCACGGGAACGGGAAUUUUAUCUCUUUUUUUUUCCCCAGAACUCACCCGCAGGAUAUGUAGCUUUACCAUGAUGAUUUUCUACAGACUGAUAUUAAAACAAAAAAAAAUAGAAAAAAAAGUAAAAUAUUAUUUAAAGAGAAUAUGGUUAACAGCUGAACUUGUCAACACCAUUUUAUCAAGCCACUCAUCUUCUUCGUCUUCGAGAAAUAAGAAGCCGCUCAUCUUCUU